UGCUAGCGGCCAUCAAACGGAUAUGGACGGAUUCGAUUCACAACAGUAACAACCUUCUUAGUCGAUUGGUGGCAUUUGGCACAAUCGGUUCUUUAUUUUGAUUGUUCUCCCGCGAAAUUGGAAAGGGUUUUUGGAGGGAACCUUUCAUAGAGCUGACUUAAUACUGUGUUUGGCAAACACUUCAUGACUUGUGUUGGACACGUGUUAAUUGAUAAUUCGUGUGGUUUUUUUGCCCGCCGUGCUUCACAAAAGUUACAGUUUAAAAUUUUCAGCUUGGAUGGUUUUGACGUGACGUGAAAAAAGCAGUUUUUCCUAGUUUUGUGAACCGUUUUUCAAUUGAUGAAACCAGUCGAAAAAAACUUCAGUUGCAUAUACCUGCUUGUAACAGUUGCACAUUUCUCGACAAUUGAAUGACAAAAAUGCAUUGAAUAGCAUCAGCUGCCGGGAACGAGCGAAUUCCUCACACAUUCCAGUUGGAAAUUAAUUAGUGAAAAAUUGAAAUAGAAUGGAAACUGCCGUCUCUCUCAGCAUGCAACAGUGCGUAACCGGGCAGUAAAUUGUUAUUCCAUUUGGCACAUGUCCGAACAGGUGCCGCGUAACACCGAUUUAAGUUGCAACAAGUGAGAGAAAAAAGUACUUUUAUUAGCUGAAAACUAAACAAUGCCGUUGAUUGGUGGAAAAGUGAUUUCAAUACGUGCUCCGGUUUAAAAGACGGAAGGAAAUUUUUCAAAGUAUCAAAAGAAACUCUUAUUUGAGAUUAAUUUCCCUGGGGAGCGGUUAAGUGGAGAAGGCAAAUUUACGCCCCAAGUGAUACUGUGAAAGGCUCAAACCAGUGAUAGUUUUGCUUGGCAAUAGUCAAUUGCCCUGUUUCAGGGUUGACGAAAGUUGACCAUCUGUCGAAUUGAGUUAUCAAAAUGGAAGUCGCAGAAAGCAGUAAAUUAAGCGAUGGCAUCUCUGCGCCGCUAUGGAUGUUCUGGAAGCGCCGGAGAUACGUGGUGGUGCUGAUGGGAUUUCUCGGCUUCUUCAAUGUUUACUCGCUGCGUGUCAACCUCAGUGUGGCCAUCGUGGCCAUGACCGAGAUGCGGGAGGUGGAUUACGGGAAUGGAACCGUCGGUGAGGAGCAAUACUUCGACUGGGACUCGAAAGAGCAAGGAUUCAUACUUAGCUCAUUUUUCUACGGCUACAUCAUGACGCCAUUUCUGGGCGGCUUCAUCUCGAACAGGUUCGGAGGCAAUAACGUCUUCGGCAUCGGCAUAGCAGCAACGGCCAUCCUUACCCUACUGACUCCUCUGGCUGCUGAAGCUGGCCUGGGAGUGCUCAUUGCUGUCCGUAUUAUUGAGGGCAUCUUCGAGGGCGUAACGUUCCCGUGUAUCCAUGCCGUAUGGUCCAGAUGGGCUCCACCCUCGGAACGAUCCCGGAUGGCUUCGAUUGCUUUUGCCGGAAACUACGCCGGAACCGUGGUAUCGAUGCCACUGAGUGGAGUCUUUGCGACGGCCUAUGGAUGGCAAAGUGUUUUCUACAUUUUCGGAACCAUCGGAUGCAUCUGGUAUGUGGCGUGGGUGUUUGUGGUCAAAACAUCGCCAGAAGUAGAUCCGUGGAUCAGCGAUAAUGAAAAGGACUUCAUUCUGAACAGCUUGGGUAGGAAAGAGGGCAAGCCAGAGAAGAUUAAGCACCCAUGGAAGGGAAUUUUCACAUCGGUCGCCGUUUGGGCCCUGGUCGCCUCUCAUUUCUCCGAAAACUGGGGAUUCUACACGUUGCUGACACAGUUGCCGACCUUUUUGAAAGACACCAUGCAUUUCCAGCUCGAGAAAACAGGAUUCAUCUCGGCCAUUCCAUAUCUGGUGAUGGGUAUUCUCCUGUUCGUCUCCGGUUAUUUGGCUGAUCUGUGCCAAGUCAAAGGAUGGCUCACCACUACUCAGGUUCGCCGCUAUUUCAACUGCACGGCAUUCAUGUUCCAAACGGUGUUCAUGAUUGUGGGAGCAUUCAUUUUGAAACCGGCCGCCACGAUCACCUGCAUCACGAUUGCUGUCGGUAUCGGAGCCUUCGCCUGGUCCGGAUUUGCCGUGAACCACCUGGAUCUCUCGCCCAAGAGUGCCGGAGUGUUGAUGGGUAUUUCGAACACCUUCGCUACGAUUCCCGGCAUUGUGAGUCCCAUACUGACCGGAUAUAUCACAUCGAAUCACACGGAUGACGAAUGGCGGGUAGUGUUCUACAUUGCUGCCGGAAUCUAUCUGUUUGGAAGUUUGAUCUACUGGUUCUGGGCCUCCGGCGAACUGCAGCCAUGGUCCAUCGAAGCUCAAGAGAAAUUGAAAGACGAACGAGAAGGCUAUGUCAAUAAGGUUAAGAUUGCUGAUGAAUAAUUUGAAAUAAACUACAGACAGCUAUUGAGAUUGGACAUCUGACUGAUGUUAUUGAGAUAUUGUUUUGAUGGAUUGUUGAAUAUUCAGUAAACAAGGUUAUAAAAAAUACAGUGAUGAUUUAUAGAAUAAAUUUUGAGAAACUUUCGUUUUGCAUUUCGAUCUGCUAAAUCUCGAAUUCAAUAAACUCAAUCCUUCGCAUUCAACAUUUUCGAAAAACUACUCAAAAUGUCUAAAGUAUUAACUCAAAAUCUGAUCCAAAAUACAACAUUGAAUUGAAAUUCCACGAAAUUCUUAUGAAUUCAAGAGUUAUCAAAAAUGUAUAGCUUUUAUUUCCUGAAGUUAUUCUAGAAUAUUCACUACAAUACGAAACAGGCAACUUCAAAAAUCGAGUAUUCUAGCACUUUAACGGCCACCUUGUAACUUUAUAACACUUUAAUACAUCCCCUAGUAUAACAGUUGACAUAAACCUUCCACGCAAUAUUGCACACAACUUUUAAAAAGCGUGCAUAAGAAAAGGCGCUUACUUUCGUGUACGAAAGAAUGCUUUGUUCUCUACGUGUAGUUGAGGCGUUUGACAAGUAAAUUAU